AUGUCCAAUCAUUUCUUACGGCCUUUGGAGAUGCGUCCAGGGCGUGACUGGGAUUAUGUUGUUGUAGAUAGUCCCUUGAACCUCUACAACACACAAUUCAACUCGGCGCUCAAGCAGUCCACCUCCAUAAAGCGAGAUCUCGCUGGUCUGUCUGCGUCCGACGCCGGACCUCCCACUCCCGCGGCGCUUGGUUCCCUCUCCGCGUCCCUCACAGCCUUUUCGCGAACCCUCGACGAGUAUAAUGCGCUUGCGAAGCAGGAGCUAAAUCCCGCCAAGCAAGAGAAAGCCUACGAACGGAUUAGAAAUUUCCGAGCUGAGCUCUCGUCGUUUCGGACGCAGCUGGACGAGCUAAAGACGCAAAGAGAAGACACGCUACACGCGCAAAACCGAUCUGAACUUCUUGGCCGACGGCCCUUUACCACCGCUACCCCCGAAAACCCUUACGCGAACACCCCAACGCCGCCGCAGUCCUCGUCUUCCCCCUCGUUUCCUGCGAACCGCUAUGGCAACGGCGGCGUCGGCGGUCAGCUCAGCAUGGGCAGCAACGACUAUACUCGGGAAGCGCACGCUUUACGGGAGCAGAACUUCUUUGCUAGUACGAAUACGGCGCUGGACGAAUACAUCGCGCGGGGCCAGGCCGUGCUUGGGGACUUAGGGACGCAGCGCGAAAUGUUGAAGAAUACGCAGAAGAGGUUGUACAGCGUCGCCAACACGCUCGGAGUCAGCGGGGACACGAUACGCAUGAUCGAGAGAAGGGCGAAGCAGGAUAAAUGGAUCUUUGGGGGUGGCGUCAUCGUCUUUUUUGCCUUCUGUUGGCUGUGCUUGCAUUUCCUGCGGUAG